GUGAGUGUAAAUCAGGAAAAUAUUGCUGACUUUAAAUGGAGUUAUUCCAAGUUACACCAGACCUGAGACCUGACCUUUCCAAUUUUUAGGUGGGGAGGGGAGGGAAUGUUAUUUGUGUGCUGGGACCCUUGUGAAGUAACAGAAAAUAAAAUGUAGAAAACUUCAUAGUGUUGAAAAUCCAAAUUGAAGCCCACAAAGGCACAGGUGUAAAUUUAUUUGUACAGUGAGCUCUUCUGCUUAACCUCUCUUUGCUUAUUUGAUUUUUAUCCCUCAGUAAAACAUAGUUUCCUUAAUCUAUUUUUGCUACUUUCCAGCAGUUUCACUGGUGGGCUUUGGUAUCCGAGCCCUCUUUCGUUAAAUUAAGGCAAUUAAUAAAUGGAGACAUUAAGCAAUCAAUUUUGUCUUGCAUAUCUCCACAGCCUUACGUAUGACUGGCUGUAAUCACAAGAUAAAUGCAAUGUGCUGAUGUAUGGUAAUGCUCAAUAAUACAUUCUCCGCCAGGCUCAAUUCAUCAGGGAGUUUCUGGAGGGGAGGCAUUCGUUAUUGGCUGUCUCUGGACCUCAAGGAUAACAUUUCUGUCCUUUCCAUUGGCCGCCCCGCUGCUGCAAGCCUCUUCCCGUCUUAUUUUGAUGAUGAAUAUGAAGGCAUGCUAAGCCGUGCCGGAGCGGAGCCCUCGCCGACUGCACUCCCCUCCCCGGGCUCAAGGACUCAGGGGCUCCCUGGCUGCUUCCCCUGCCCACCGCCAGCAGCAGCGCAGCAGCGGCAGCAGCGGCAGCAGCAAACGCCAAAAGUUGUGAUGCUUUUCUUCACCCAGUGCUUUGGGGCUGUGUUAGAUCUUAUUCACCUGAGGUUUCAGCACUACAAGGCAAAGAGGGUUUUCUCAGCUGCCGGGCAACUUGUCUGCGUCGUCAACCCAACGCACAGCCUAAAGUAUGCACCACCCCGCUGUGCAGCUGUGCAGACAUCUGCGGAGCAAGGUGUCCUCCCUCCCUGUCAUCAUCACGAAGUCGUGCACGACCCUCAGCUGGUUCCCUGCAUGUGCCCACUCUUCUCCUGCCCAUGGGAAGGGCACUUGGAGGUGGUGGUGUCCCACCUGAGGCAGACCCACCACAUCAAUAUCCUUCAGGGGGCAGAGAUUGUCUUCCUGGCCACGGACAUGCACCUGCCCGCACCCACAGACUGGAUCAUCAUGCACUCUUGCCUUGGACACCAGUUUUUGCUGGUCCUCAGGAAGCAGGAGAAGUAUGAAGGCCACCCCCAAUUCUUCGCUACGAUGAUGCUGAUUGGCACGCCGACCCAAGCUGACAAUUUCACCUACCGGCUCGAGCUCAACAGGAAUCAGAGGCGCCUUAAAUGGGAGGCGACCCCCAGGUCGGUACUGGAGCGUGUUGACUCUGUCAUUUCAGACGGGGAUUGCCUUGUGCUGAACACUUCCUUGGCUCAGCUCUUUUCUGACAACGGAAGCCUAGCGAUAGGAAUUGCAAUAACCACCAGCAAAGUUCACAACACCGAAGCUGAAAUGUGAGCGGGAAGAGGAAGAGGAGGGGGAAAAAUGGUGCUCUAGCUGCCUUGUGAGGGCAAGAACUUGCGGACUUUUUGGGGGGGUCUCAGGUCUUUUAUGGUAUUUAGUACUUGUCCACAGUGGGCAUUAUGUAAACAUCCUGUGGUUACAGUCUCUGUGUAAUGUAUUUACUGUUUUGUUAAUACAAUUUUAUGAGAAGUUUUAAAGAGGCUAAUCAAUUUAUUGCUGCCCUCCAGCAACACUGGAAACAACACUUGCUCCUGGAAAGGGUACGCAGGGUGACUCAUAGAAAACUUUGGUCUGAGCAUGCUAUAUGCAAAUGUGUUUCCUUCAUUUCCUGCCUAAUUGCCUGGUAUUAAGGAGGUCCCCUGCCUAGUAAAAGGUAAAGUAUUCCACUAAUGGACAAGAGUACCCAGAUUUCCAUAUUACCAAUAGUGACUGAACUCUCACACUGUGGUCACAAGCAAGCCCUGGGGAGCUGGCAAUUUCAGAGCUCCUUUCAGCUUCUGAGGAAGCAACCUUCACCACCCAGACAAUGAAAUCUUCAGAAGAAAAAGUUACCACCCCUGCUGAGCCAGGGCCUGGGAAGAAUCAUCCUGCAUUAAAUUGGAGAUGACAUCUAGUGAGUGGGUGGUGAAAUCUCACUCUUGUAUCAUGAUGGGCAGUGCUUGCUAGAUGGUCUGGCUCCAGGAUAGAGAUAACCACAGCCAGCCACAGGGCCAUUCACCUUUUUAGCUGUUAUUUCCUUAAACAUCCAAAAAGAGAUUUAUAGAAAAAAAAAUAUCAGGGCCGUCCUAAGUUGUGUACUGAUCUUGCUAUUGAAUUCAGUGCCACUUAGACCCACAGUGUGAGUUGCUAAAUAUUGAUUUUAAACAAUGCAGCCAGAAUAUCUGCUUGCAAACUGGCUAUGAGAUUUGAAAUAUUCACCUUGAAAAACAACCCUAAUUUUUUUUCUUCCAUACACUUGGGGGGUGGUGAUGGUUCUUUUCUUCUGCUGAGGGUGUUUCACAGAUGGCAACAGCCACAAGAAGACACAGGCUUCUCUAAGAGCUUCUCCCUUGGAUGGCUCCUUGGGGAGUGUCAGAAGCAGGUGCUGGCCAUCUCCUGACACUCGUUCCCAUCUGCAGUCAGGCGUGUCUCCUCCAUAGCCAACAACAGCAGGAAAAUCCCACUGCAGCAGGUAAUGUGUUGAACUAUGGGGCUCUACAGUGCCUGUGACACUUGAGAAGCAUGGGAAAUUGUCUUUUCCUGUUUUCUUUUCUGCCCAUGGGUGGCUGUGGCCUGGCUGCUCUUGAAUGCUUUUUUUGAGAAGCAUCUGGCAGGUUGAGUCAUUUAGUAGCUAAAGGGACUGAAGGUCAUUGCUUGAAUCUCUUGGAAAACCAAAGAAGAAAGGAAAGCAAGCUAAGACCAGCCCUUCAGUGUUUCAAAAGGCAUCUCAUUGUAGUGAGCUUUGAGUAAGCAAAAACACUGAUGCAAAUCUCUCCCACCUGCUGCUCUCCUGGGAAUUAUUGUAAAUGACGCAUGAAAUAAAACAAAUUGCAAUUUUCCUGAGAUGAAUGCUACGCAGGUAAUGUCUUCUGAGUUGCAGAUGCACCUCACCUCCUUCCUUUGGCUUUUGUAGCAGGUCACUGCUCAGAGAGGAGCUAGGGUCUCUUCAACAGGCUGCUCGUGACCACUCAAGCUGAGGUCUGAGGAAGAAGCCUCAGUCCCUGUAAGAGUAUUCUGGGGCGCAUCUUCACAGCUCUCCCACCUCUGAAUUUUUGGGACCAAGGGGACAUGCUGGUUUGCAGUGCUUCACUGGGGCACACAGGCUUUGGAGUGGUUUGUUUUUUCCCUGCGAUGUUAAAUAUUCAGAACCAGCAACUGCUGCCCUUUCCCUAAAUAAUAGCUAUGAAUAAAUCAUUGGCAUUUUUGUGGACUGCAACUGGCUUCUCCAGUUCCUCCGGCAAAUAUUCUACUGCUGAAUUAAAACCAAGCAGAAACAAUAAAACCUCAAUAAAAGCAA